AUGAUAAUCGCAACAUGGCUAACAUUGCCCUCUAGUGAUGAAAUUGAAUCGAUUCAUCUUAAAACGCCUUCAUUAGAUAGAAAAAUUUGUGAGGUGCGCACAAUGGUUGUAACAAAUAGUAGUGAAGGAACUGGUGAAAAUAAAGUAUUUAUUCAACGUACUAACAAAAAGUUUAAAAAAAUAUCUGUGAGUAUUUUGAAUGCCAAUAUUUCAUUCAUUUGA